CGCGCGCAAACGAGCUGUAGCAGCGCUUCUGUGGGGAAGGGCUGCCUGCACACGAAGGCAACCGCAGCAGAACCAUGGCCGGCCGCCCGCCGCGCCGCGAGUACGACGGCGACGCGCCCGGCGCCCCCGGCGGCAUCAUGCCUUUGAGGGCAAGGGAGCUCGUCAUGCGGGGCAGCCCCGGUAAAGUGUACGAGCGCCCUGUGACCGCUGGUGGCACACGAAGGAAGCCCUCGCUCAAGACCAAGUCCCAAACUUCUCUGAGGAGGCCCUCGACGGCGGGGUCGACAGGCGGCCGGACGCUGCGGCGACCGAAGGACCGCGCUACUCUAAGUCAACAGGAGGCGACGAAGCACUUUUCUUUAUCGUUAGAAUUGUCCGACGCGUUGGUCAACUUUGGCGUCCUCAAGCAGGGUUUUAGGUAUACCUGUUCUCGGACACUGACCAACCGGUCGGCGUCGGGACUGCGAUGGAACUACAAGCGCGGUCUAGAAGACAGCAUCUCGCAAUCUACCCUAUCAGGAGACGACCAGGUGUCCUGCGUGACGCCGCGCGGGAGGCUAGCACCGGGCGUGGCCUUACGUUUAGCGUUUGAAGUCGUGGCCAAGAGACCGGGCGAGUGCCGGGCGUCCUUCGUGAUCCAGGGCCAAGAAGAUGUAGUGAGAACGGAUCCGGAGCGAUACACGCGGACCAUCAACGAGAAGACGCUGCAGCGGUUGUGUUCUAUACCUGUAAAGUGUACUGCUACUAUUUUAAGUGCAGACGACUUCAAGGCGCAUGUCUUGCAGCAGCGCUUCGAGAGGAAGCCGCUCAUGGCCAAGGGCGUCGAGUGCCACGGGCGGCUGCCCCCCUCGAGCGUCGAAGUGGCCUCAGUGGUCGACGAAUCAGAUGAUGCGUCCGAGAAGCUUGAUGCCGCAGUCAACGACUGGUUGGAGGGUUCGGCAUUACCACAACAAGCUAUUGACUUGCUCGAGGGCCAAGAUGAAAAUAUUGUAGAUGAAUUAGCACAUAUGCCGUUCUUCCCGGAGUGCGUGUACGACCCCGCGACCGGUGAAUUGAGGAUCGACGAGCGGCAGCAGGGCUUUAUCGUCGAUCCUAGUAGAACGCUGGAGGAGGUCGUCGCCGAGUACGACGCUCGAAAUGCGAAGCGGAUGAGUGAAUUGGAGGGUGGCGGGUUGCUCACGGGGCGGUGCCUGGCGGAGUUCGCGCGGCGGCACUUACCGGAAGAAAAGCAGAAGGAAAUAGAUAGAGAGGGUCUCACUAGGAAAGAUGCGGUACGCAAGGUCAUGGAGGGUAAAUAAUUACUAGC